CAGUGACAGUUGAUCGAGUCGGAGAAUCGGAGAAGCUGAAGCCUGAAGGAGCAGUGAUCUGCCAUGGAGUUCUCUCUUCUCGCCGACGCCGUGAAGUCCAAAUCGUACGAUAAGAUCGCCGGAAUCUACGAUGAGCUCAUGCUCCAGUAUUCUGCACAGGGCAUUGCGUUUCAAGACGAAUGGCCUUACGCGAUUCAUCUCUUAGGCCACCUCUACAACAAUGACAUUAACAGUGCUCGGUUUUUGUGGAAGACGAUACCGGCCGCGAUAAAGGAGGGCCGGCCGGAGUUGGUGGCGGUUUGGAAAAUUGGGCAGAAGCUAUGGACUAGGGAUUAUGCUGGAGUUCAUGAGGCUCUACGGGAGUACGAAUGGAGCCCAGAGGUUCAGGACAUUGUACUCUCGUUUUCAGACCUUUACACUAAAAGGAUGUUCGAUCUGCUAGUUUCUGCUUAUUCAACAAUAAGUCUGCAAGAUACAGCUCUCUUCCUAGGAAUGAAUGUUGGUGAUGCUACAAAUUAUGUCCUAGGACAGGGUUGGAGUUUGGAUCCCGCGUCUCAAAUGCUGACCGUGAAAAAGCAAGCAAUAGUAAAGGAGCAAAAGCUAGAUGCCAGCAAGUUGCAACGGUUGACAGAAUACGUUUUCCACCUCGAACACUAAUCAGUGUUUCGGAGUUGUUCUGGAUCAGUUUCUCCCCCGCCCUGCUGCAGUUUCUUGAUGGAUGAGUAGAAGCUGUACUCUAUUUGGGUUUAUAAACUUUUUGAUUCUAAGCACAUUUCUAGUCUCAUUAUUCUGAGGACUCUGAAGAAUUUCUUGCUUCGGACUUGGGAGAAAAUGGUUCUACUGUAUUCAUAAUCAAGGGUAUAUCUUAGUUGCAUUGCUUAUCACUUUACUGUAAAUGGAACCAAAUAGAUCCAGAUAACUCGUACAAAUGCCUACCAUCAGUAUUUCUCAUGAA